AUGGUGCUCGAGGCUUUGACAGCCUUGUCGUUAGCUGCCACGAUUGUUCAGUUCGUCGACUUUAGCAGCAAACUCCUUGCCAAGGGGCACGAAAUCUAUGUUUCGGUAGACGGCGCAUCAAUAGAAAACAAUGAUCUAGAAGCGGCUACGAAGAACCUACGCGAUUUGAGCGGGAGACUUAAUGUGUCUGCAGUGUCGCGACGAGGCGACACAGUAGAGGCAACCUCAGAACCCGAGGUCGAAUUGAUCCAAUUGACCACGAAAUGCUCAGCGGUAGCCAGGGAGUUGCUGACACUCCUCGAUCACUUGAAAGUACAGCCGGGUUCCAAUCGAAAAUGGAAGACGUUUCAGCAGGCUCUCAAGAGCUCUCUCAAGCAAAGCCAAGUAGAUGAAAUCAAAUCACGUUUGCAGGCUAUACGCCAGGAACUUAGUCUCAGUGUGUUGGUCUCUCUAAGAGAAAGCAUCGACCUACAGGCUAUUAGAUCCAACGCCGGGUUUUUGAGCUUAGAAAGCAGCACAAGAGCGCUAGCAGACCAAUUGAUACGAGAGCAGCAAAAAGCCCUGUCUGAUCAUACGAAUUUCUUGAGACACGAUCAAGAUAAAGCGACCCGAAUCGUUGAAGCUCAACAUCACCAGACUAGGAAGGAGAUCAUAGCAAUUAUUCACAAUGAAUGGGCGGGAGUACCAUCUAGACGGAUAGGAGGAAUCAGUGGAGACGAUGGCGAUGACGAAAACCCCACGAAGCGCCAAUUGGUCUCUAAUCUCAUUUUGGAGAGUCUCCGAUUCCAAACCAUGGAUGAUAGAUGCGAGGAAAUUGAAUCAGCACAUAAGAGAACUUUCGGGUGGAUUUUUGAGGGCACAAGCCAAGAAAGGAUGUGGGCCAACUUUCCGAAAUGGCUUUCGACUGGAACAGGGAUAUACUGGAUGAACGGAAAGGCAGCUUCUGGAAAGUCGACCCUUAUGAAAUAUGUUUCCAGUGACACUCGAACAAAAGACCUUCUCAGGCAUUGGGCUGGAGAACAGCGACUUAUCCAAGCAGCCCAUUACUUUUGGAACAGCGGAACGGCUGAGCAACGCUCACAUGCCGGCCUACUUCGUGCGCUCUUAUUCAAAGCACUGCGGCAGUGUGAGUCCCUGCUACCCGAUAUUUUCCCAGAGAUUUGGAUUGAUAAGAUGAGCAAACCGCUGUUCAUAAUCGAAGAUAUGGAGCGCAUAUCCUGGACAUUACCAAGGCUUUCUGAAGCUUUCGAUCGUUUAGUGUGCACCCAGAGUAAUGGACUAAAAUUCUGCUUAUUUGUUGACGGGCUUGAUGAAUAUGAGGGCGAUUAUUUUGACGUCAUUAAAACUUUCACAAAGAUAUCGCAAUCAUCGAGCGUGAAAGUUUGCCUUUCGAGUCGACCACUUUUCGAUUUUGUGGCCGCCUUUCAGAGUUGCCAGAGCCUACGUCUUCAAGACCUUACUUUUUCUGAUAUCGAGUCCUAUAUUAAUGAUGAGCUUGGGACCAAUACGCACAUGCAAAUCCUUCGAGAACAAAAGCCUCAGGAGGCAGAGAUGCUCGUCUUCGAGAUUGUGAACAAAGCCGACGGCGUCUUUCUCUGGGUGAAACUGGUUGUUCUGUCAAUGCUUCGUGGAUUGAGGCAAUCAGAUGGAAUACACGAUCUUCAACUGAGACUGAGACUCUUACCGCCAUCACUCGAGGACUUAUUUAGCCAUAUACUUCGCCGUCUGGAGCCGGUUUAUCUUGAGCAAUCUUCGAGAAUCUUCCAGAUAUUCGCUGAAGCUCAAAACAGUGAUAGGUCAUUGACAAGUCUUGAGCUUUCAUUUGCUGAAGAGCUAGAUUUCCGCGCCGUUAUUAGGGAGCCGACCCGUCAACUUUGGAUGGAAGAGCUCCUCGAGCGCGAGGCUCAAAUUGAAACUUGGCUUCGAACGAGAUGUGGAGGUUUGAUUGAAACGUGUAGUGGUGUGAACGCUUAUGGAAGUUUCACCGAUGCGAGGUUAUCGUACCUACAUCGGACCGUCCGUGACUUCCUAGAACUUCCGGAAAUUUGGAGAAUUGUGCUGAGGCCAACUUCUGGCAAAAGAUUUGCUCCAAGAGUCGCCUUGGUGCAAGCUCAAAUGCUCUACAUCAAACGGGUGCUGCCUUUUCCGACGGAUUUGAUAGAUCGGAUUUCCGAUCUUCAACAUGUUGGAAAACGUGCUAUAGCCUUCGCACAGAAUGAAGAAACGGCUACGAUAGAGCCACAGGUAAUGAUGUUGGACGAGCUUGAUCGAGUGUGCAACAAUCACGUUGAAGACUUCUCAGAGCUUCCAUGCAAUUGGACUACGUCAUCUAAUAGAAUGAGCUCUGGUAAAGAUGCUCACGUGCACCAGAACUCCUUUCUUACUUUAGCUAUCAAAACCGGACUCUAUGUUUACGUCGAGGAGAAGCUCAAGCUGAAACCCUGGCUGGUCAAGAGGGCUGGCCGGCCUUUGUUGCAAUACGCCGUUUCUUCUGAGAAUGACCUAUGCAUGCGCGACUUGAGAGUCAAUACUGGCAUGGUUGAGCUACUCCUACGCUGUGGAGCUCGAGUCGAUGAGGUAUAUCAAAGAACCACAGCAUGGGAUCUUGUUCUAGAGUCCCUUUGGCUCCUUCUCUGCAACAGAGAACCGGAGAGUACUGUGGCGAUGUGGCUUUCAGUUGUUAAGUUGUUUCUUGAGCAUGGUGCAGACCCAUCCCAUGCAUUGGGAAUGACCCAUCAAAGUUGGCAUAUUCUCUGGUCAAUGCCCUCUGUGACACUCCUCAUGAAGUAA